AUGGAGAAACCUACUGAGUAUAAACAGAUGGACAAUUCAACCCAAGAGGCUUCACCAACAGAUGGUCCUCUAAAGUGUGAGUCAGAACUCAAAUCUAAACUAAAGAGGGAGCUCCGGUGUGCGUUUGAGGCGAGCACCAAAGGAGAAAGCCCAACCCUUCUGAAUCUGAUAUACAGAGAUCUGUACAUCAUAGAGGGAGGGACUGCAGAGGUCACUGAUGAACAUGAGCUCAGACAGAUUGAAAUGGCAUCCAGGAAAUCAGACAGGCAAGAAAAAAUAGUCAGACCAGACAAGAUCUUUAAUGGCUCACCUGGAAGAGAAGAGCCAAUCAGAACAGUGCUGACAAAGGGAGUGGCUGGCAUUGGGAAAACAGUCUUAACACAGAAAUACACUCUUGACUGGGCUGAAGGCAAAGCCAACCAGGACAUCCAGUUCAUAUUUCUGUUCACUUUCAGAGAGCUGAAUCUUUUGAAAGAGAAAACUUUCAGCCUGGUGGAACUUGUUCAUCACUUCUUUACUGAAACCAAAGAAUCAGGAAUCUGCAGCUUUGAAGACUUCCAGGUUGUGUUCAUUUUUGAUGGUCUGGAUGAGUGUCGACUUCCUCUGGACUUCAACAACACCAAGAUCCUGACUGACCCUAGAGAGGCCACCUCAGUUCAUUUGCUGCUGAUAAACCUAGUUAAGGGCCAUUUACUUCCCUCUGCCCAUGUCUGGAUAACCACACGAUCUGUGGCAGCCAGUCAGAUCCCUGCUCAGUUUGUUGACAUAGUGACAGAGAUCAGGGGGUUCAAUGACCGACAGAAGGAUGAAUAUUUCUGGAAGAGAUUCAGAGAUGAGGAGCAGGCCAGUAUUAUAAUUUCCCACAUCUUGUUAUCAGAAAACCUCCACAUCAUGUGCCACAUCCCAGUUUUCUGCUGGAUCACUGCUACAGUUCUGGAUUGUCUUACAAUAAAUAAUGAUAGCAGUGAUCUGCCUAAAAGCCUCACAGAUCUGUACAUCCACUUCAUGAUGGUGCAAGUCCGAUUGAAGAAGGUCAAGGAUGAAGGAUCUGAGACAGAUCCACCCUGGAGUCCAGACAGCAGGAAGAUGGUUGAGGCUCUGGGAAAACUGGCUUUUGAUCAGCUACAGAAAGGAAACCUGAUCUUCUAUGAAUCAGACCUGACAGAGUGUGGCAUCGAUAUCACAGCAGCCUCAGUGUACUCAGGAGUGUUCAAACAGAUCUUUAAAGAGGAGAGAGGACUGUACCAGGACAAGGUGUUCUGCUUCAUCCAUCUGAGUGUUCAGGAGUUUAUGGCUGCUCUUCAUGUCCAUCUGACCUUCUUCAACUCCGGAGUAAAUCUGCUGGAAGAAAAGAAAUCUUGGUCAUUUAAACUGUUGGGAAUUAAACACAAGCAAAAAGUCUUCUACCAGUGUGCUGUAGACAAGGCCUUACAGAGUCCAAAUGGACACCUGGACUUAUUUCUUCCUUUCCUCCUGGGUCUUUCACUGCAGACAAAUCAGACUCUCCUAUGAGGCCUGCUGACACAAACAGAACGUGGCUCACAGACCAAUCAGGAAACAGUUCAGUACAUCAAGAAGAAGCUCAAUGAGAAUCUGUCCACAGAGAAAAGCCUCAACCUGUUUCACUGUUUGAAUGAACUGAAUGAUUGUUCUCUAGUGAUUGAGAUCCAGCAGUCCGUGAGUUCAGGAAGUCUCUCUACAGAUGAACUGUCUCCUGCUCAGUGGUCAGCUCUGGUCUUCAUCUUACUGUCAUCAGAAAAUUAUCUGGAUGUUUUUGACCUGAAGAAAUACUCUGCUUCAGAGGAGGCUCUUCUGAGGCUGCUGCCUGUGGUCAAAGCCUCCAAAAAAGUCAUACUGAAUGACUGUCAGCUCUCAGAGAAAAGCUGUGAAGCUCUGUCUUUAGUUUUCAGCUCCCAUUCCAACAGUAUGAGAGAGCUGGACCUGAGCAACAAUGACCUGAAGGAUUCAGGAGUGACGCUGCUGCUUGUUGGAGUGAAAAAUCCAUGCUGUACACUAGAAACUCUCAGUCUGUCAGGCUGCCUGAUCACAGAGCAAGGCUGUACUUAUCUGGCCUCAGCUCUGGGCUCCAAUCCCUCCCGUUUGAAAGAGCUGAACCUAAGCUACAAUCAUCCAGGUGACUCUGGCACGAGGAUGCUAUCAGCAUUAAAGAAUGAUCCACAGUGGAGGCUGGAAGCUCUCAGGGUGGAGCCUGCUGGAGUCCAAUGGUUGAGACCAGGUCUGAGGAAGUGUAAGGUAAACAAGGAGAGCUCAGAGGUUUCCAGUGAUCAGUCUGGCCAGCAGCAUCACCACAUAAAACUUAACUCAAUAUUUAUGAGUAUUCUGUUCCAGCUACUGGAGGAAAACAUUAUCACUUUUGUGAAGAAUGAGCUGAAGACGAUACAAAGAGUUCUGAUUCCAGACUACAUGGAACCAUUUGAGCGUCAGAAGAAGGAUGAGAACGUGUCUGGGGUGAAUGAACAGCAGAGAAGCAGAGAACCCUUCCUAAAGAUCGCACUACACUUCCUGAGGACAAUGAAGCAGGAAGACCUGGCUGACCAACUGCAGAGCAGUAAGAGUAUUUCUCUAAAUAUCUUAUCUGCUGGAAAAAUUAGAAAUGUUCUAAUAAAGAAGUUCCAGUGUGUAUUUGAGGGGAUCGCUAAAGCAGGAAACCCAACCCUUCUAAAUCAGAUCUACACAGAGCUCAACAUCACAGAGGGAGGGACCGCAGAGGUCAAUGAUGAACAUGAGGUUAGACAGAUUGAAACAGCAUCCAGGAAACCAGACAAACCAGAAAGAACAAUCAAACAUGGAGAAUUCUUUAAUGCCUCAAGUGGAAGAGAUCAAACAAACAGAAUAGUGUUGACCAAGGGAGUGGCUGGCAUUGGGAAAACAAUUUUAACUCAGAAAUUCAUUCUGGACUGGGCUGAAGACAAAGCAAACCAGGACAUCCAGCUCAUUUUUCCAUUCACUUUCAGAGAGCUGAAUGUGUUGAAAGAUAAAAAGUUCAGCUUGGUGGAACUUGUUCAUCACUUUAUAACCACAACUAAAGACUCAGGAAUCUGCAGAUUUGAAGACUUCCAGGUUAUGUUCAUUCUUGAUGGUCUGGAUGAGUGUCGACUUCCCCUGAAUUUCAACAACAAUAUGAUUCUGACUGAUGUUGCAGUGUCCACAUCAGUGGAUGUCCUGCUCACAAAUCUCAUCAGAGGGAACCUGCUUCCCUCUGCUCAUCUCUGGAUAACAACACGACCUGCAGCAGCCAAUCAGAUCCCUCCUCAGUGUGUUGACAUGGUGACAGAGAUCAGAGGGUUCACUGACCCACAGAAGGAGGAGUACUUCAGGAAGAGAUUCAGAGAUGAGAAGCAGGGCAGCAGGGUCAUCUCUCACAUCAAGACAUCACGAAGCCUCCACAUCAUGUGCCACAUCCCAGUCUUCUGCUGGAUCACUGCUACAGUUCUGGAGGAAAUGUUGAGAACCACAGAGGUGAGAAAGCUACCCAACACCCUGACUGAGAUGUACAUCCACUUCCUGGUGGUUCAGGCCAAAGUGAAGAAGGUCAAGUAUGAUGGAGGAGCUGAGACAGAUCCACACUGGAGUCCAGAGAGCAGGAAGAUGGUUGAGGCUCUGGGAAAACUGGCUUUUGAUCAGCUGCAGAAAGGAAACCUGAUCUUCUAUGAAUCAGACCUGACAGAGUGUGGCAUCGAUAUCAGAGCAGCCUCGGUGUACUCAGGAGUGUUCACACAGAUCUUUAAAGAGGAGAGAGGACUGUACCAGGACAAGGUGUUCUGCUUCAUCCAUCUGAGUGUUCAGGAGUUUCUGGCUGCUCUUCAUGUCAGUCUGACCUUCAUCAACUCUGAUGUCAAUUUGCUGGAAGAAGCACAAACAAUCUCCAGCAGGUCUGAAAAAACACAUUUCUACCAGAGUGCUGUGGAUAAGGCCUUAGAGAGUCCAAAUGGACACCUGGACUUGUUCCUCCGAUUUCUUGUGGGUCUUUCAAUGCCGACCAAUCAGACCCUCCUACAAGGCCUGCUGACAACGACCGAAAGAAGUUCACAGACCAAUCAGACUCUACUAGCAUCCCUGCUUACACGGCUGAGAAGUCGUUCACAGUUCAACCAGAAAACAUAUAUCAAGAAAAAACUCAAUGAGAAUCUAUCUACAGAGAAAAGCAUCAACCUGUUCCACUGUCUGAAUGAACUGAAUGACCAUUCUCUAGUGGAGGAAAUUAAACAGUCCCUGAGUUCAGGAAGUAUCUCCACUGAUAAACUGUCUCCUGCUCAGUGGUCAGCUCUGGUUUUCAUCUUACUGUCAUCCAAAAAAGAAAUGGAUGUGUUUGACCUGAAGAAAUACUGUGAUUCAGAGGAGGCUCUUCUGCAGCUGCUGCCAGUGGUCAAAGCCUCCAAAAACGCUCUGCUCAGUAGCUGCAACCUGUCACAUAGAAGCUGUGAAGCUCUAUCCUCUUCUCUAAAAUUAGAAGACUGUGAACUGAGAUCUCUAGACUUGAGUAACAAUAAACUGCAGGAUUCAGGAUUGAAGCUGCUGUUGGCUGGAUUUGAAAUUCCAUACUGGAAACUGGAAACACUCAGAUUGAGCAACUGUAACCUCUCAAAGAGAAGCUGUGAAAUUCUGUCCUCAGUUCUCAGCGCUUCAUACUCUAUUCUGAGAGAGCUGGACCUGAGUGACAAUGACCUUAAGGACUCUGGAAUGAGCAUAUUGUCUUCUGGACUGGAUAAUCCACACUGUAAACUGGAAACACUCAGGCUGACAGGAUGCCUGAUCACAAAAUAUGGUUGUACCUCUCUGGUAUCAGCUGUGAAGGCCAACCUCUCCCAUCUGAGAGAGCUUGACUUGACUUACAAUCAUCCAGAAGAGGCAGGAGUAAAACUAUUAGAGCAACUAAGACUGGAAAUUCUCAGGGUGGAGCCUGCUGGAGUCCGAUGGUUGAGACCGGGUAUGAGGAAGUAUUCCUGUCAACUCGAAAUCGACACAAACACAGUACACACAAACCUCAAACUGUCUGAAGACAACAGGAAGGUGACACGUCUGGUGGAAGGUCAGCCAUAUCCUGAUCAUCCAGACAGAUUUGACUAUUGGCCUCAGCUACUGUGCAGAGAUGGUCUGAUUGGUCGUUGUUACUGGGAGGUCGAGUGUAGAGGAGGAGUUAACAUAUCAGUAAGUUACAGAGCAAUCAACAGGAGAGGAGACAGAGAACACUGUGUGUUUGGAGAGAAUGAUCAGUCCUGGAGUCUGAGCUGUUCAGAUGAUGGUUGUUAUUUUGUCUGGCACAAUAAGAAAAAAACAUCCAUCUCCUCCUCCUCCUCGUCCUCCUCUGUCUCUAACAGAGUAGCAGUGUAUGUGGACUGUCCUGCUGGCACUCUGUCCUUCUACAGAGUCUCCUCUGACACUCUGAUCCACCUCCACACCUUCAACACCACAUUCACUGAACCUCUUUAUCCUGGAUUUACAGUCUUGUUUCCUACUUCCUCAGUGAAUUUGUGUACAGUUUAG